CUGCAAAAUUUUGGUGAAACAUCAUGUAGGAAAUUAGAAAGAUCAUCUCAGGCUAUCUUUAAAAUGCCACUGGUAAAUCAGACUUUAUCCUAAUCUGGUACUUCCUCAAGUCCACCUGAGCAUGAAAUACUGCUACCUAUCCACAUUAACUUGCUGUAACACUUGUCCAAGUGUUAUUUGUCUGUUGCAUGCCUAGACCACCAAAGCGUUCUGUCUGGAUAGUGUCACCGGAGGCUGAGCGACAUGUCCAGGGCACAGAUCUCGGCUUUGGUGUUUGGCGUUGGAGGGUUUGGAGCCCUUGUUGCUGCCACCACAUCCAAUGAGUGGAAAGUAACCACCCGAGCAUCAUCGGUGAUAACCGCCACUUGGGUUUACCAGGGUCUGUGGAUGAACUGCGCAGGUAACGCGUUGGGUUCUUUCCAUUGCCGACCGCACUUUACUAUCUUCAGAGUAGAAGGUUAUAUCCAGGCAUGUAGAGGACUUAUGAUUGCCGCUGUCAGCCUGGGCUUCUUUGGCUCCAUAUUUGCGCUGUUUGGAAUGAAAUGUACCAAAGUCGGAGGCUCAGAAAAAGCCAAAGCGAAAAUCGCUUGUUUGGCUGGGAUUGUAUUCAUACUGUCAGGGCUAUGCUCAAUGACCGGUUGCUCCCUGUAUGCAAACAAAAUCACAACAGAAUUCUUUGAUCCUCUCUAUGUUGAGCAAAAGUAUGAAUUAGGAGCUGCUCUGUUUAUUGGAUGGGCGGGAGCCUCACUCUGCAUAAUUGGUGGUGUCAUAUUUUGCUUUUCAAUAUCUGACAACAACAAAGCACCCAGAAUGGGAUACGCUUACAAUGGGGCCACAUCUGUCAUGUCUUCUCGGACAAAGUUUCAAGGUGGAGGAGCAGAUUUUAAAACCACAAACCCUUCAAAACAGUUUGAUAAAAAUGCUUAUGUCUAAAGAGCACUGUGUCUUGAGUUUGUUGUAAAAGUGAACUGUUCACAAAAUGAUCCCAUAAGGCCCUCCUAUAAUUAACACUCAGAACAAUUUUUAAAAUAUGAAUUGGAAGAAUUUGUUGAUUGUAUGGAUGUAAAUGUUUUUACAUAGUUAUAUACUAAUCAUGUUCUGUUGUGGCUUUCUAUAAAAAAAUAAACAGGUUAUUUACAGGA